GCACGCUGCUGCUGGGCCGGCGCGCAGAGCCCGCGCCGCGCGUCUUCGGCGUGCCGCUCGACCAGAUGGUGCUGGAGCCGGCUGCGGGCGCGCCCGCCGUGCUCGCCAGGCUCGUCUCCUACAUUGAAAACCACGGCCCACUGUGCGGCGUACUUUUCCGGCCCUGCGCGGGCAACCCGAAGCUGGCGGAGCGACUUAGGGCGCAGCUGGAGGCGGCGGGCGACGCCGACUUGGAGGCCGCGGGCGACCCGGCGACGGCGGCGCAGCUGCUGCGCGCCUGGCUGCGAGAGCUGCCGCAGCCGCUGCUGCCGCCGGCGGCCGUCGCGGCGCUGCUGCGCGCGCACGACUUGGUGCAGGGGGAGGGCGCGGCGUGGCGCGAGGCGGCCGCCGGCGCGCUGGUGGCGCUGCCCGGCGUGCAGGCGCGCUCGCUGGCGCUGGUGCUGCGGCUGUGCGCGCCGCCCGGCUCGGGCCCCGCGCGCCAGCACGCCGCCUCGUGCCGCCACCUGCCGCCCGCGGCCGCGCUCGCGCCGCUGCUCAUCCGCGGGGAGCCGGGCCACGAGCCGGCCGCCGCCGCGCUGCUCGCCGCGCUCGCCAGGGACCUCACCGACAACAGGUUGCUGGAUCACGCCAUCCAAGCGACCGUAGGCAGCCCAGACAUCCACAUUUAUUCUGGAAGCAUACAACGAAAGCGCAAGGAACGCCAUGACAGUUUCGGCCAAGAGUGCAAAGUAAUUAGGUCCAACUCUGAGGAACGCCCUCUUGAAAAUGACACCAGCCACUGCAAAGACGGAAACGCAAUUCGCCGUGUCAGCAGUCAUGAGGAUUUCUCCCUGGUCCAUGCUGGACACAAAGCAGACAUCACAAACCAAGCUAAUUGCAUUGCUCGUAUUUCUAGUUUGCCACUACACGAGCGUAACCCAGUUGCUGUGGUCGGUGGUGCAAAUGUGCACCAAAAAGGUGGCCACCAUCAGGCACCUCCUGCUUCUGCCCCAGCAACAGUCGUGAAUGACGUGUCCGGUAGUGGCAGCACUACUGUCUGUGAGGCAGAUCUGUCCGAUGACAAUGAACACGAGAGGCAACGCUGCAGUGAACGCUUCUCACGCUCUGCCGUGCCGAGGCCGGCAAGGGGCCGUCGCAAUCCCGCUCGCCGCCAGCGUCGCCCGGGUCACCAUCGCCGCACUCGCCAUUCUCCUGAUACUGACACUGACAGCUCCUCAAAGGAAAAUGAGGAUGAGGAAAGAGGGAACUCACGGUCCCCUCAUUUACAUCCUACUGGCAGCACCAUACACUAUAACUCAUCUGAGGAUGAGGCAGAGAUCACCAACUCUCAUUCCUUCUUACAGCUUCAUUCACCCUCUCAGGAACGUGAACGGUCACCCUCACCUGUGCCAUCGGCAUCGCCUCCUGUAGCUCCUCCACUAGACCUGAAGACUUUGCACCAGCAGGUUGGUGAGAGUGAACCACAACCCUCACGACGUGGUAGCGGUGGUGCAGGAAGUUUGACUAUGCACCAUUUGGACCCUAGUGUGCCACCAUCACCACCUCAUGAGCACGCAGGUCCGGGACGCUCACCGCUGAUAUCGCCGGAACAGAGGCUUAAAGCAUUGAACAAACAAGCGCACAGCUUGAAAAAGAAGGUGAAACAGUUUGAGGAGGAUUUCCAAAAGGAAUAUGGGUACCGGCCUUCACACAGUGAUAAAAUGUAUGAUAGGGAGAUGAAGAAAGUUUGCGCCGAGUUGAACAAAAUACGUAAGGAAAUUAAACAACUAAAAGAGGAUCCCACAAGUAUUGACUUACUGAUGGACACAUCAGAUACGAGGAGCUCAACUGAUAUGUCCCAUCACCGUCACAAACCUAGGACAAUGGAGGAAAUGGUGCUGGAAGUGGAGAAGCACUUGGCUGAAAAACGGCACCAAGCAGGCCGUCCAGACAAGGUGGACGAGCUGUCCCCAGAGCAGGCUCUGGAUGAGAAAUUGGCUGUACAGAAAGUGUUGCUGCAUAUGGAGGAGAUGUUUGGGAGGCCCACUUCAAGAGGAGACCGUGAUCUUGUACGCCCCCUGUAUGACCGUUAUCGUGCUCUCAAGAGGCUUAUCAUCCGUGCAGGAUCAACAAAGCUGAAGGAUAGUGUAUCAGAGCUGGCAACAAUUCAUGAACAUGAAGCAAUGGAAUUUACAAGUUCUCCACUGCCACCAUCAUUGACAACAACUUAUGAGGCUGACACUGCUGAAUCAAUACGGCCAAGCUUGCCGUCAACUUCAGAAACACUUUCAACCAACCUCCAUUCUCUCCCACUGUCGGAGUUGCUGAACCAGCAACGAGCAGCACGUGAGGACAAGAAACGGUUGCGACGAUCACUGAGGGAAUUUGAGGAGGAGUUCCAGCAGCGCACUGGCAGAAAACUACAGAAAGAGGACCGCACUGCUAUUGAGAGCAUUUAUACAGCUUACAAGCACACAAAGGCCAAACUGCGACUGCUUGAAGCUCUUGUUUCCAAGCAUAUCUAAGCAGUAGCUAUGCUCCUGCGAAACACACCUCUAUUUAUAUGAUGAACACUUCUUAACUUCAUGUUUGUUUGGAUAUCUGGACUCAAGUGUUCCUCAUGUGUUUGGUGAUCUCUUGGUGAACACCUUUACUGGCGAAGCAAGAACUGUGAAAAAAUUAAAUUUGAUGUUAAUUUCUUUCUAUUACUCAGAUUAAUAUACACCAGUAGGAAUCUUUGAUGUUAUUGGGGCAAUUACUAUGUGGAAGAAUGCCAUCCAAUCCCCAAUUAUUCUCCAGGCUUACACUGUAUUCCAUGUCAUUAUAUUAAUAACAGGUACAUAGUGACAUUUGACUCAUAAGAGGACUUCACUGUUUUGAAGUGUGACAUGUAGUGUGUGACACUGAUUUUGUCAAUGAGUUGUUGUGCUUUUGACUUCUUUCAGUGAAUAUAAAAAUGUGGUUGAGAAGUGAGUUAUGCAGUUAGAAACAUUCCCUUGCUUCAUUUCUUGAAGGUUCUAUUCAUUCAUCCUAAUCAAACAGAAGUAGAUGAUAGUGGUAUUUCAAUGGCAUAGACAUUAUUGUGGAAUUGUGAAACAUCUUGGUGUAUUAGUGUAGCUGUAAUAUGUUGCAUGGCUGUACAAGUAUUUCUUUGUGUACAAGAUUACUUAAAUUAUGGGGGAUCUUGAUACAUGAAUGCAACUUCGCUGUUCUACAAUGAGUGUGAAUGACUAAGGAAUCUCAAAUUUUUUAUGUGCCAGUUAUAUCCACCCUUGUGGUAGGCAUAAGGUUCAGUAACUGAAGUUACUUUAGAACUAGGUGUAAGAUACCAUUCAUUAGGUUCAAUGUUUCAAGCAUUAUCAAGAAAGGUAGACCUUAUGUAACCCAGAAUUAAGGCAAAUAAUUUUGCUGUUGUGUGAUUUAGUGCAUGUUCAUCAUUACUCCAUACACAUUUUUAGACAUACAAUCUUACCACUGAAGGAAGGAAUAAAAGUAAUUUGCAAUAGGAAAAGCUUGAAAGUACUGGUUUUGAGUACUGAAAUUUUAUGAAGCAGAAACACAAGACCAGAACUAUCAGUAAUUUGAGCAUUUCUAUUAAGCAGGUGACAUUGUUACAAAACCAAGAGACUGGGAAAACAAUACACAUGUAAGUUAGUGUUUAAAAUAAUUCUUCUCUCCUAUACAAUACCUGUAUAAAUUUGUCAUAGCGAGACAGAGACUGACUAUUGUUUUAGUAUUUGCAGUACAAUGUGUUUAACUAAGUGGAAAAUAAUGUUAUGGAGAGUUGCUUUUUUGUUAAUUUUAUUAUUGUUGGAAAUAUAUCUCCUUAUGGUCCCUUAAUACAAUGUUGGAAAUAGUGUUUUAUAUGUUAAUGUGAUCUGUGGAAUUUUCUUCUAACAUUAUGCUGACCUCUGUUACACCUCUCAUACAGUUUAACUGUCUUCUAAAUACUUACUUUCUUUCAUUUAUAAUUUGAAACAUUAUACUACAUUUUGAAACACACAGUUUUCACAAUACUAAGCAGGAGUUCAGUUAUUACUUUUGGUUUAUUGCUUAUGAUAUUUAACACAGCAACUUUGUGUAAAGUCCAUUUAAUGAAACACGAUCCUCGUGUAAACUAUAUUUGGAUUAGUUAUACAUGCUGGUUUCCAGUAUCAGAUUGUAGAAGCUGUGGGUAAAAUGCUUAAAAAAGGUGGUACCAAAUACAUGAGAGUUCACGUUGUAUCUCCAUGUAUUGUGGUUGGUUACCUUUUGUUAAAAGUGGAUCUUUCAGUUGCUUUAAUUAGCUUUAUUUAUGUAUAUGUGUUUUGGUAUUUUUAGAUUGUUGAUUGUGAUUGAUAAAUUUUUGUUUAAAAGAGCUGAAAGACUUAUUUGUCAAAUAAAUACAUAUUUCAACUGAUUCUUAUGACAGCUGUAGCUUUUUUCCUUCCUGUACCUCACAUUAUCUGCUUUGUGUAAUUGUAAUUAUUGAGUUUUGUUGUUAAUGGUUAUUAAGUAUACAUGAAUUUUAUUAUAAUUAUGUAAGAGUUUUCAAGGCUGGAGCCCUGUAAACUCAGGUUGAAUUGUACCACAGUGUUAUUUGGAAGCGUACUAAAGUAAGAGCAAAAGAAAAUAUGCAUGCAAAUUUGUCCAAAUGCUGUUACCGAAGAGGUGCAGCAAAGCUUUGCUUCCAGAAUUUGUAUAAUCUUGUGUAAUCUUCCAUUUGCAAAUAUAAGUAGCUACCAAUAGCCGGGAAGACAGUGGGCAAUGACUUCGAUGAAAAUUUCACUCGACACUUUUUUUUAACCAAAUGAGAAGUGUGCUACUGACAUGAUUUAUUUGUUGUCAUGUGUCUCAUUACUACUGCAGAAAUGAAAAACUGGUGACAGUAAUGACCAGUACUGUACCUUACAUUCUUAUCUGCAAAGCAAUAUUAUUGCAGCAUAUAGAUUUCUCCAGUAAACAAGUUACUUGCAUAGAUCAGUACAGAUGGUGGGUGUAUGUAUGUAAAAAUGCUGUUUAACUAGAAUGAUGCAAUACAUUGCAGAAACUGUGGUCCCAGUAAUCAGGGGAAUAAUUAAUAUUAAAUAUGAUUAAUUUAUUUCCUUUACUAAUAUGCAGUUCAUUUCUGAUAUGUUUAAUUAAACAUUAGAUUUUAAAACUUUUGUUAAAUAUGUAGUAUUGUAAGGAACUCUCUUCUUAGUGCUGUGGAAUCAUUGAUUUACGCACUUAAAUGUGUGUUUCUCUGAUGACUGAACAUGGCUUUGCUUUUUCACCUGGAGCAGCAGAUCAAAUUUAAUAUUUGAUAUUGUGCAAUUAUGUAUUGAUUUUCUACCUUAAAUGAAAAUGAAACUUUUUAGAAUGAUAACUCGGAAAAUUCUUGCCAGCAUAAACUUUACUGUUGGAAAACUGUUACAUUUGAACACUGAUAACUUGUUUCUUGUUUGGAGGCUCAUAAACAGUUGAGUUUUACUUGACCCAUGAGAUGUUUCGAUUUAUUGUUCAGAAAAUUUCUAGGCAGAAACAAUUACUUUUUGUGUUUUAGGAUACACUGUAAAAUUACAGUUUAUGGUUCACAUGCCAUGGAUAUGACCCCAAAAUAAGGGCAGCACAGAAUAGGCGUACUUGCAUGAACACAAUACAAUGUAAAUGGAGAGAUGGUAAGUGGGAUGUUGUGAGAUAAACAGUACGAAAUGAUAAGGUUGAAUAAGAUGCGAAGGAGCAUGUUUUGCCACCUGUUCAAGCUUUUCCUUUAUUUUGUGAUUCUGAUAGCAGUUUUAGUUCUGUCACUUUACUGGUCCCUUCCUAUUUGAUUCUUCUUUGGUGGUGUAUCUUAAUUUAUAGCCUUUUCUUCUGUGCUUUCUCACUUUCAUUUCCCCCCCUUUCAGAUGAUGCCACGUGUAUCACCUGUGCUUUUGUUUUUCCAGUGUUGAGCAUAUAUGUGGAAGUUUCUUCUCCUUACCUUCAUCUGACCUUUUAAAUAACUUUUUCAGUUCACUUACGGGGUCACUGUUUUCUUCCCUCCUCCCUGUCUCCCUCCCCCUUCCCCCAACCCUUCUCACAUAAAUAUGUCCCUCAUUUUGAUUACAUUGAUAAAGUAUUUCACUCUUUGAUCAUGAUUGUUACUUCAACAUUUCAGCCUAAUAUGGUGCAUUACUUACUAUUAGUCAAUAACUCUUUAUUUUUCAUACCUGCUGUUUAUCAACUUAUCGAGUCUUUCUUCUUCCCAGUUUGUUUCUUUGCUUCAGAUGUCAAUUAUGUUCUGGAGUUUAAAUGAUUUUCAUUGUCUGGAGCCCUUACAUUCAUGUGCUACGCAUAUCUGACAGUAGUUAGUAAUGUCAUCUCAGUGUGCGAUAAAUAAAUCACGAUUUGCAAGUGCUGUGAAAUCUGAUAUCAUUGCACUUUAGAAGACUUUUGAAAUCGAACUGUUUCAACAGCAGUGCCACUUGUUCUUCCUGUUCCAGUUAUGAAGGAAAGGAGAGGAAUAAUAUUUCUCAAAUUUUGAUGUACACUGCUGGUAAUAAUAUGUUUAUGUGAUUAGUACACCGUCAGUUGACUGGGUGCUCCAAGAGGAGGAAUAAAAAAACAUGGAAGUAAGAUAGGCAUAGGAACAAAUAUUUGGUGCUGCUGCUUAUGUGUUCUUUACACUCUUAACUAAUUCAGCUUCUAAUCCACAAUUCAGCGCACACUCCCAACAAGAAACAUUAUACAAGGUAUCAUUUGAUUUUAGAAUUUGAAAGUUUGCAUUCUUUGACACACAACUAUUAAGUUGGUUACUUACAUAUUUAAGUCUCUGACAUUACUUAUCAUACUUUAGGAUCAAAACUUCCUGAUAAAGAAUGUUCCUUGUACUGAACACAGCAUGCAGCAGCAGACUAAAACUGCCUUCAACAGACAAAUCUUGAGGCAAAAUGAGGUAAAUAGACCUCUCAUACAAGUUGUGAUGGCUGUUACUGUUGUUAAGCAGCCCAUUUCGUACAAGGAUUUAAAUCUAAGCUCUAUUACAUCUUUGAAUCUUUAAUAUUCUUCACUGCUUUCCUAUUUCAAGUAACCUCUGCCAUUUUUGAUUACAAAAUACGUGUCUUGUUAUUUCUAUUAGCCUCGUAACUGCAUCAUGCCUGAGUGAUAUUAAAUUGUAGUCAUGCUGCCUGAAACAUAUUGUCUGUUCUGAUGUUACUGAUAUCAUUGACACGGGACUGGAUGCUUAACAGUUUCUAUGUAAAAGGUUUUCAGGGAAUUAGCCUUCUAGACUAACAGUCUUUUAAGUAUUUGACUCAUAUUUUCCGCCGUACUUCCUUUAUUAAAAAUACAUGUUUUUCAUAGAUCAAAAUUUGGUUAUAUACCUUCAUUAAAGUCGUUCAGUGAAUAAUUUUGUGUUUUACAAAAAUAUUCAUUGAAUAUAUCACAUGACUGUGAGAACAGUACUGUGGUGUUGCAGAAGAGUGUACUACAGUGAAAGCUAUAUAUGCCAGGCACCUGUGCAAUGCUGAGAGGAAUUGUGAUACUGUUUCAUUUAUGAAACACAGGCAUUAAAAGGUUCAAUGUGCACUUGCAUAGUUAAUGAAUUUAUUCGAACUUCAUUUACAUGAUCAGCAAAUGUCCAGUUACUGGUAACUACCAGAUAAAUUGAAACAACUUAUACUGUGCAAAAAACAAUUGCACAUUAUUUAUAUCAUCACAGUUCCAGUUUCUGGAAACUGAAUGAAAAGAGAGAUCCUAAAGUGAUAUUUAAUCAGUAAAGAUCUUUGCAGGUCUAAGAUCCUGCUGAAACCCGAGAAGAGCGAAUAUUUAGUUGAAUUCUAGAGAACUUUUAAUGUUAUAUUACUAUAAUUGUUAUUAACAAUCAUUGACAUUGUCGUUAGCAGCACUGCUCUUCUUGAUGAUGUUUAUAGUGAGAUUUUUGUCUGUGAUAAAGUAAUAAUUUAAACAGUAAAAGUUUAAAAUUUAUGAUUUAGAAUGCCGGAAAACUGGAGCACCACAGACUUUGUUUUGAUGCAACACAAAAAUCUACCAUGAACAACAUACAUGUAAAUAGUUUGAAUUUUACACUGAAAAAUAUGCACACUUGUGCUCCUUGAUGUAACAGAAUUGCACUGAUCUUAUUACAAAGCUGUGGUAUUCCAGAUUGCUAAGGCUUUUAUUUUAAAAUCAAUUUUUGAAUUGGGUAUGCAAUAUCUUUGGUGCAGAUAAAAUUGUUGGAGCAACAAAACCAAUUUAUUUGGACAUGGGGUAUGGAAAUUAAUUGUUAUUUAGCAGCUAGAAAAAGUAAUUGGAGACAAUUUCACAUUAACUACUAUUCUUGAAAAUUUGUGAUCGGUGUUUUAUUUCCUACUGUGUGGUGAUAUUAUCUGUACUGACAAAAUGAAACAAAUUAUUCUUUAUGUUAUAUUGUUUUUACCAGAAUGAUAAGUUACAGUGAAAGGGAGAAUGAACUCAAACAUAAUGUAUUUACACAAAUUUCCAAACGUGAAUUCUAGGAAGAUGUAAUAUAUUACUAGUUGUGCUUGUUGUGUGCACCUUGGUAUUGUAGCAUCAAGUUUAAUUUGUGGGCAUUGAUGGAAAUAUUUUGAAUACUUUUUCCUUCAUUUCGGAAAUAAUAGUAAGUUUGUGUGCUAUCUGUAGAAGCAUCAAGCUAUUACGAGAAUAAUACGGAUUAAUACUUCUGAUGUGAUACAUGUUUAUAUGCAUAAAUAAUUUAGUCCAUAUGUGAAACUCCUGUGUCAUUUCCUGGAUUAACAGACCUGUAGUGCAAUUAAAAGAAAAAAAAAUCUUAUUCACAGUAGAACCUUGGUCAUGUAUUCAGCCCCAAAUAUAAAUACAAAUGUAAAAGCUGGGGAAUGAGUGAAAUGUUUUGUAAGUUUUUAUGUUAUAAACUGAAUUGAUUGUCUUGUGUUGAAAGCUGAGAGAAGAGAAGACAGAUGACAAUAGCACAGAAAUGUUUUUCAUGUUGUCUCGUGUGGACGUUUCUGUGCCCUUCAUGUAGUAAUGUCAUCUCUUGUACUGUUAAUUGUCUUUUUAAGAGUUCCUCUACAUCUUAAUAAAGCAGUACCUGAUUA